AUGGAUUUUGUGACAGGACUGCCAAAAACUCAGAGACGACAUGAUGCUAUAUGGGUAGUAGUUGACCGUUUGACAAAAUUGGCUCAUUUCCUACCUAUACAAGAAACGUACCCUGUUAGUAAAUUGUCUGAUCUAUUUCAGCGGGAAGUCGUGAGGUUGCAUGGCACGCCAGUGUCUAUCACAUCGGACCGAGAUCUGCGAUUCACUUCUCGAUUCUGGAAAAGUCUUCACCAAGCUUGGGRUABRMGAYURACUAUGAGUUCAGCUUUUCAUCCACAAACAGAUGUGGAGGAACGAGCUAUCGAAGGACCCGAACUUGUCUGGAUUACUACUGAACAAGUCGAGAUCGCAAAACAGAAAAUUAAAGAGGCUCAAUCUCGACAGAAAAGUUACGUUGACAAGCAUCGAAAACAUUUAGAGUUCCAACCGGGUGAUCACGUCUUUCUAAAAGUUUCACCGUUACGAGGUAUUCGUAGGUUUGGAAUUAAAGGUAAACUUAGUCCAAGAUAUAUCGGACCCUUCGAAAUACUGGAACGUGUUGGAGAGGUGGCAUAUCGCCUAGCGUUACCUCCUCAACUAUCACAUAUCCAUAACGUUUUCCAUAUCUCGUCACUCCGCGGAUAUCAUUAUCACCCUCUCCAUGUGAUUGAUUAUCCGUUGGAUAAAGUUGAAAAAGAUCUCAAUUAUAUUGAAGAACCCGAGGCAAUAAUUAAUCGAGAAGAGAAACAAAUGCGACGAAGAUCAAUACCGUUCGUUAAAGUGUUAUGGCGAAAUCAUUCUGAGCGAGAAGCCACAUGGGAAACCGAGGAAUCUAUGCGAAAGGAGUACCCUUAU